AUGGACCCACUGGACAUAGACCCAAGCUUCGAGCCUCAAACUCGGGCCCGUUCGAACACGUGGCCCCUGCCGCGGCCCGAGAACUACGUGGAGGCGGACGAGAAGGGCCCGAUGGGGCACUUGCCCCUUCCCGAGGCUCCGAAGAAGAACUCCUCGCGGAGGAAUGCUUGGGGGAAUAUGUCCUAUGCGGACCUCAUCACACAGGCCAUCCAGAGUUCUCCGGAGAAGCGAUUGACUCUGGCACAAAUUUACGAGUGGAUGGUACAGAAUGUUGCUUACUUCAAGGAUAAGGGGGACAGCAACAGCUCUGCUGGUUGGAAGAACUCCAUCCGCCACAACUUGUCCUUGCACAACCGCUUCAUGCGCGUCCAGAACGAAGGAACGGGGAAAAGCUCCUGGUGGAUGAUCAACCCGGACGCGAAACCGGGCAAGGCGGCCAGACGCAGGGCGACCUCCAUGGAGACCUCCAAAUACGAGAAGAAGCGGGGCCGCGUCAAAAAGAAAGUGGAGGCCCUGCGCCAGGGCUGCACCCCCAGCCCCAGCUCUUCGGUGUCCGGCGAGGGGCAGGACCACUUCCCGGACUCACCCGGAACACAGCUCCACUUCCAGCUCAGCCCGGACUUCCGGCCGCGGGCCUCCUCCAACGCCAGCUCCUGUGGGGGAAGGCUCUCCCCCAUUCCCGCCGUCGAGGGAGAGUUGCACGACGGGGACAUGCCUCCUCUGUCGCCCAUCCCCUGGGCGACACACCUGGGGGGCUACGAACCACAGUCCAAUUCCUUAGACAGGUUCACCACCGACCACCUCGUCAAGUCCCUGACCGAGUCGAUGAAGCUCCGCAACGGGUCUUCGGCGAACGAUCCUGCCGAGGGCGGCUUCGGCCGGAUGCCGGAUUGUGCCGUCCCGAACGGGCGGCCUUCCCCGCAGAUGGGCUCGACCGGAUCCUAUCCGAUGGGCGGCGGCGGAGGCGGCGGCGCCUACUACGGAGUCAACGGCGCAGGCCUCGGCCGGGGCGGCGCAGAGUACCGGCCGCCCGCAUACCAGCCACCCGCACCACCACAGUCAAGUCAAGAUGUUAUGGGGGUGUUGGCGAAAAGACAUUCCCCACCACAGCAGCAGCAGCAACAACAGCAGGUCAUCGAGACUGUAAACGGACGCUCAUACACUCUGACCCGCCUCCAGAACAUCAGCCAUCCGCACCCGACGCAGCUGGACGGACUACAGUCCUACAGAUCACUCUCAUACAUGGACGGGGUGGAGUCCGUGCCACGAGGACCCCCCGCCCAGCAGCCAUCCCUCUACAAGGAGAUCAAGGAGGAGCGCCUCUCGCCGCUGAUGGCACCACCCACACCAUCCUACCACCAGCACAUGAUGCAGCAGCAGCAGCCCCAACAGCCAUCGUCCACGUCGCUGGUCAACACGGCCAACCACGUGGUCGGCCACCUGCUCUACAACUCCCUGCCGCAGGACCUGGACUUUGAGCCCCUGCCCGGCGGCCUGGAGUGCGACGUGGACCAGGUCAUCAGACACGAACUGAGCGUCGACGGGAACCUGGACUUCAACUUCGAUUCGUCGUCGAUGAACGGGUCCUCGGCGAAUUCGCAACAUCACCAGGCCAUCACCUCGACCCGAUCGUGGGUGCAUUAGUCGUGUUGUGUGUGCUGAGACGUU